CUCUCUUUUCUGACAAAUUUAAAUGUUUUUGUUUCCAUCUUUUGAUUUAUUUUUCUCUAAUCACUUAUUGGCGGAAACUGUAUCCCACGUCAAGAUCAAAGUCAGCUCUGUAAAUUUUGUUGAUAUCAAAUAUCAAGGAAAUUAAUGCGAUUAAAGUCCGUUUUUCCUUCAAUCUAAAGCAAGAAAUGCGCUAGGUCUGAUGCACUCUCAUAAAUAAUGCCAAAGAAUUCAGGUGGAAGUUCUGAUCAUGCUGUCAGAGCAGCAGCAGGUAAUUUAAAUGACGGAAGUGUGACAUCGGAUUCUGAAAGUGGGAAAAAAUUGGCUGCUGAUGAGGAUGGAGAAGAGGAAGAUGGUGAUGGAGGGGGGAAAGGUGCCACAAAAAAGAAUGAGGCACAGAAGAUUAGAGGUCACCCUGCCAAGUUCUUGUCCUCACACAAUAAAUUGCACGAUGAGAAUGAAGACCCAAUCCCUCCAUUGCGACAUGUCAGUGUCCCCAUCACUGCCAAAGAGAUUAAUGACGACAACACACGUUCAAGCUUGCGAUCAGCUGCCUCUCGACAGGCCAGUGUCAAGAGCUUCCACUCAGCAGUAGAUGAGACAGACUUGGACCGGCUUAGUCAAUUCUCGCUCUACAUGGUCCAUGAUUUCCGAUACUACUUCCAACAUCCAUAUCUACGGAUCUUUAUUGCCUACUUCGUGUGUUUCUGUAACUUUCUUAUCUACGCUGAAGAUCCUGUUGCGCACAGUAUCAAGGAAUGCAAAAUACCAGUUGUUGGGAAUAUGUUUGCGUUUGUUUGCACUCGCUAUCCGCCAAACGUAUGGUCUGUUCUUAAAGUUGCCAUUUGGCUCAUGGGAAUGAUAACUGGAGCAUUCUUUGGGAAGUUCGUCAUGCAUAAACUGGUGUUCAAUAAAUUAUUGCGGCUGAAGUUGUUCUGUGAUGACCAGGGUUCAUGGAUGACAAUGUUCAUGAGCAUCAUUCUGUUCACAUUCACAUUCUCUUACCUCUACAAUGCCUUCCUCCUGAUUGGCGGCGAUGAAAUGAUCCCAUAUCACAUAUCGCCACUGAUGGGUAUAUCUAACUCUUGGUUUAUGAAGGCGGCAGCGUGUGGAACUUGGCUAGGAGACGCAUUUACUGCUUGGAUGAUCACAGACAUCAUGCUCCAAGAGAAGUUGUACCCCAACUGGGCCGUUCCAGUGCGGAAGUGGUGGAAGAAAGGUUGGAACCGAAUCAUCCUUUUCUGGUUCCUCGUGAUCCUCUUGACCGUCGUCGUGGUUACUGUCAUUACCACUGACUACAUCUCGUGGGACACCCUGAAUCGUGACUUGUUACCGACAAAUGAACUGUCCAGAGCAUUUCUAGCUUCCUUUAUUCUUGUUAUGGAUCUGCUGAUUGUGAUGCAGGAUUGGGACUUUCCCCACUUCAUCAACAACUUUGACAUCAAGUUACCAGGUCUGAAUACAGCCCACAUCAAGUUUGAGAUUCCAAAGUGUUUGAAGAAGGAAUCUUGGAUGGUUCAUAUCUCUGGCAAAUGGUUCAACUAUGGCAUUAUCUUUCUUGUAAUGCUGCUUGAUCUAAAUAUGUGGAAGAACCAGAUAUUUUACGAACCAUUCGAAUACGGCCAAUAUGUCAACCCACACAACAAGAUUUUGACAGUAAAGAGCCACACGCAGGUGGAAGAGCAUAAUGAAACUCUUAUAUCUUAUGCCUACCGAUCAACGACGUUUAUCAACGGAACAAAUGUAACGUUGAUGACAGAGGAUAUCAAGAUGAACACAGAGUACCUCGGUUAUGUCCUUGGAGUCAAGUCGAUAGCGUUUAUACCGAGUCUUCUGGCAUUUAUAAUUUUUGGCCUCCUGAUCAAUUGCUUCGGACGCUUCAAGCCAAACAAGAUGGAUGUUUAUGCAGGUAGGCUGAAAAAGCGUAAAAAAAGAUCUAAAAGAAAUGCGUCUGCUUUAAAAUUGAAAGAGAUUAAAUCUGAUGGUAACCCAAAAGUAGGCCAUAAUGAUGUUGUUGACAAUAACAAUCCUGAUGAUAAUAAUUUGUUACAUUUUCAAGACAGGAAAGACGCAAAUGGCCAUAAUCUGCCAGGGUGUCAGUGUCCCAAUAUAAAUAGCUGACUUGUGUCCGUCUCCCACAUUCACUACCCGGCUUAUGACAAUCCAGUCAUGUUGGAAUCAUCUGUCUAAACACCCCUUCAUUGACAAGUUGACUUUUCCAUCAUGGAUCUGUCAAAGUUGAGAUCAUUGUAGUUAUUGGCUGGACCGAUAAUUGAAAGGGGUGUUUGGAGUCAGAUGAAUCUGAAUACAUGUAGUAUGGUCUAUAAUCUUGAGUCUGACUCAAAGAACACUAGAAAUAGGAGUGAGGAAAUUUUUGGUCAAAACACAAAGAUAUGAUGACCAGAAGUUAUUGCCAGAUGAAUAUAAAUAUGAAUAUGUGAUAGAAGUUGGUAGCCAUUGCGGCAAUAUCUAGGAAAAUCAGGAAAUUUUGUGUUAUAAUAGUUGAACUGAUUCAUCUCGGUGCAUGUUCAGUGUUAUCUGUCAAUCCUUUAGUACAUCCUCCUGGUUGUAGACCCUGCCUGGUACUGGUAGUAAAUGUGGGAGACUCUGAGUAAGGGUUAACUAACUGGCUUGUAUUUUUGUAUUAGAUGUAAUGUUAUCCAAGAUAGAAUAUUCUGCUCUUGAGAAGGGAAAAGACAUUGAAGAUAUGAUUUCUUGUGAAUUUGCCUGUAAAUUCUAGUUCUUCACCAAAGGUGGCUGUUUAUAUGUUAAAAUAAAGAAAUAGGAAAUAUUUUACUAUAUUUUUUAUGAGCGUGGUCUAUUUGAAUGGACAAAGUAUUAACGAACAAAUCGAAUACUAUCUUCCUUCUUCUCACUGACAUGGUAAACAAAGGGUUGCCUCAGCAAGAUGGAAAUCACUUAACUUUUAACCUUCUAUUUCCAGAACCUACUCCUGUCUAAAGUGGUAACCCGGUCAGGUUUGUCAUGUCCUUCUGUUUCCCCACACACCUGAUUUGCUAAAUUUUCUCAACUUUCAAAAAAAAUUUAAGUGAGAUUCUCUCCUUUUCUGCAGUGUUGUACGGCAUGUAGUCAUAUCAUCAGCCGAGGCAGCAGUCACUGGCUGGUGUCAUCUUGCCUUGCGUCCUCAGUCAUGUCAUUUGUCAGUCAUGAAGGACAAUAAUGAGUCAUACAAAACUUCUGAUCAGCAUGUUUUCGAAUCUAAUUUGAUAUUCUUUUUUAGCUCUCAGGUGUCACAAAUGCUUUGUGGAACACAUAUAACUUAACUUAAAGCUAUUGCAUUGGCCUGUAUGAGUUCAGUUGCAAUGCACGUGAUGUUGGAUACUGUAUUUUAUGGGCAUGUUUUCAUUUCACUUCCACUUUUGAUUUGAACAUUUUAUUUCUCUCACAUGAAAUGUCGCUUAUCAGCAUUAAUGAAUUUUAGAUUAUAUCAGUGUCUCACAGUAGUCCACGUCUUUAGAGACACGCUUUUCUCAUUAUGAAAUAUAACCACAAAAUGAAAUAUGAUAUUCCAUGUUCAUGUACGAUGUGGUCGUCCAUAAUUGUUGUUGUCAUAAAUGAUUAGCAGCCAAAGAACAGGAUAGAGAUAUUUUUCAUGUCAGAUCUAUUUUAGACAGCAGUCAAAACAGCUAUGGGGAAACUUUAAUUGAAUAAUGAAAAUAUUUUCAGUGUUAUUUCUUGAUAAUUUACUCCCAAUCAAAUUUACUCCCUCAAGUGUAUAAAUGUUGUAACUGUACGCUUAACACUUCUUUCAUUUUAUAGACGUUAUGAGUGGAUGCUGUGCCUAUGUGGCAAGGUUUUAUAAAAGUUCAGAUUUGUACGUGGGGAACUGGAUCUUAGAUUUCAGGAAGAAAUCUCAUUCAGAUUGGAAAUUUUGAAAGAAAUAUUUUUGUUUUAUACUAUUCUUUCAAAUGGAUGUACAGUGGUCUGUACUCAUCCGUUGCACUAUCUGUUGAAGUGUUGUCAUGACAGCGAUUUCUUUCUCCAACAACUGAAAAAAAGAGAUCCUGGUGGUGGAAAGGCAGCAAGUUGGUUGAAUGAAAUUAGAGAAGAAGUAUUGAUUAUAACUGGUGGAAAAUGGGGAUGUGUUAAUACUGCAAGCAAAACUGUUUCAAGAUUUAUCCUAUUUACCCGAGCUUGUUCAAUGUUUAUUCUUCUUGGAGUCAUAGUUUUGUAAUAUUCUUAAUCUAUUGAUUAACCAUUCUUUUAAUCUGUCAAUGUUUGACUUGACCAUGUGUUUCUGUUGAUUUCAAGUCUGACCUUUGUUUGAUCAUGUUGGGCUUGAAAGAGCAGCCAGCUGUCAAGAAAAGCUGCUCUUCUUGGUCUCCUGGGUUGAAAUAGUCACCCAAUGACUCAAAAAAAAUUAUUUAGAGCAUUCUAUAAAGCCGAUUAAGUCUUUUUAAUUCAUUUUGUAAAAAAAAUGUGAAUUUUACACAUUUCACUUAAAGUUUAACCAGUUAUAAGGAAAAACCACUUUGUAUAAAGAAAGCUUUGACAAUCUCUAAAUAACAGUAAUCAUUACAUUUUCAUGUAUAUUGAUCGUUUUUAACAAGACCCAGAUGCAAAGAAAAGAAUUUCUAGUUCCCUGAAACUCGUUAUAACUGGGUAAAACUGUACUGUGUUAGUCAAUGUUUUUCAUUUAUUACCACAGAUGUACAUAAGUUUGUUGCAUUUUCUCUUUGUCUUACAUUAGAAGCAUCAUAACUGGAGAUUGAUACAAAAGCGCUUGGAGUUAACUAGUUAAUUUACACCAAAUUUGCUGUUUUAUACGAGUAAAGAGAUACAAAUCAUGGAUGGUAUCAUGCUGCCUUAUUCUUUUAAGAGUAAUUCUAGUUUUAAAUGUGUUAGCCUGGAUUGUAUAGAUGUUCAAAAGACCUGCCAUUAUUACCCUGUUACAAAUUGUUCGACCUGUAGGGCAUUUUUGUUGAGCUUCAUUGCUAACAUUGAAAAUUAAAAGUAAGUCAUAUAUUUGGAAAUAAACUAUUUUGUUGAAUUUUAAUGA